UCCAGUGCUGAAGGACAGAGGCUUUCUCCUGUUCAUGUUCAGCUAUUCUGUACAAUCCGUCAUGGAUAGUCAGGAGGGUUGCCACCCAUGUGAAGGAGGACACUUUGAGUCAGGAUAGGAUUUGUAAUCUAUCAUUUCAAUUAAAAGGACCUGGAAUUCACUUAAGCACCGAGUACUUGCUGUGUGCUGAUUGGUCAGUCUCCUAUAAUCAUGCAUGUGUCACUAAUAUUAAUGUUAACAGCUGGAUGAGUCUUUCAAUCAAGGAAACAAACCAAAAGCACAAGAACUGAACUAUUUAGCCAAGCGCAGGAGUCUAUUGGUUUUAAAAGAGCUUGUGAAACAUAGCUCACCCUUGACAACCUUUAGCUGGUAACCCUAAUAGUCAGUUUAUACACAGCACUGUUGCUUCACAUCUCCAGGGUUGGGGUUUAAAUCGCAACUCUGCUUUGUUUGUGUGGAAUUUCUAUGUUCAUCCCAAGUUGCACAUUCCUCCUCUCCUAUAGUCCGAAAGCCAACGGUUAGUUGAAUUUGUGAUUCUACAUUACAUUUAGUGUGUGACUGUGUGUCCUGUGAUGGACUGGCAUCCCAUCCAGGGUGUCCCCUGCCUCGUACCCUGUGAUGGACUGGCAUCCCAUCCAGUAGAGCAAAUGGAUGGAUAAAUGGAUGGAUGGAUGGAUGGAAGGAAGGAAAAAUAUAACAUCAAAGGAAAGUCACAGUACUAAUGGUUGGCCUUGACAAUGCUGGAAAAACCUCCACUAUAAGAGGCAUUUUGAAAGCACCUCCACGGGACCUGGGUCCCACCAGUGGAUGCAUACGCACAGAGCUGAGAGUGGACAACUUUCUAGUGACCUUGCUGGAUGUUGGAGGUGGCGGAGAGAGUCGUGGAGCCUGGAGGCAGCUCUGCGGAGAAGCCCAUGGGAUUAUUUUUGUGGUCGAUUCUAGUGAUGGGCAGCGGGUUCCUGAAGCCAGGGGGCUUCUUACAGAUGUGUUACAGCAGCCCAGGGUGGCGAGAAAACCCCUUUUGCUGCUGGCCAAUAAGCAAGACAAGAUGGACGCUCUCCUGCUCAGUGACCUAAUGGAGGCUCUGUCACUGGAGAAACUCGUCAACCUGAGCCGAUCGCCCUGUCACAUUGAGCCCAGCUCCGCACUGGUGGACGUGCGCAGGUGGACCGACAGAAAGACCUUGAGAGGGCUGCGCUGGCUGCUGCGAGCCGUGAGCCUGGACUACACCGACCUGUGUGCCCGCAUCACCAGGGACAGCAAGCGUCCCACGGAGCGAGAGGAGAGGGAGAGGCGGGCGACAGCUGAGAAAGGGCAGCGCAGGAGCCGAGAGGAGCAGACUCACACCAGCAAGAAAGACCUGCGAGACGCCGAGGACCUUACUGGCAAAGAGAAGAACACGGCAAAGAGAAGCACUGGUGUAAAACUGCAUCCCAUUCAGAACAUCUUGAAAGCGGAGAGAAGCCUGAAAAAGAAUAUGAAGGAAAAGCAGGUAAAGAUCAGAGAUGCUGUGAACAGCAGAAGGGCAGAGAGGAGGGGUGAGGAAGAAAAGGAGGAGGUGAAGGGGAGGGCUGACAUCGGUCAGAGGGGCGAUACAGAGGACAUAUCAAGCGGUGUCCUGCUUCCGAAAAUGCGAGGCAAGACAAAACGAAAGACGAAGAUAGUGAUGAAAGACACGUUGGUGCUUCCUGAAUCGGAAAAGAAGGAGGAGCCCAGUGCAAAGAAAGGUGAGGUCGAAAGUAAAAAGAAGAAAAAGUCAGUAAAUGUAAAGAAGAAAAACAAAAUAAAUUCGGAAGGUGUGCCUGCUGCGUAUUCACAGCCAGUAGACCUGUCUGCCACUUUUGACCUCUACAGGAAGGCUAUAUUAGCUCUGAAGGCCCGCCCGGAGCAGAAUAAAGGAGGUUCCUCCUGCUGAGCCCUCAGUGCACUGUAGCCUGUGAUCCUGCUGCAUUAAGUAACACAUAAACCCCUACCCAAUGCUCUGCAGUUACACUGCACUGUCUUCUCCUCCCUCCUGCUGAGCCCUCAGUGCACUGUAGCCUGUGAUCCUGCUGCAAUAAGUAACACAUAAACCCCUACCCAAUGCUCUGCAGUUACACUGCACUCUCUUCUCCUCCCUCCUGCUGAGCCCUCAGUGUACUGUAGCCUGUGAUCCUGCUGCAAUAAGUAACACAUAAACCCCUACCCAAUGCUCUGCAGUUACACUGCACUCUCUUCUCCUCCCUCCUGCUGAGCCCUCAGUGUACUGUAGCCUGUGAUCCUGCUGCAUUAAGUAACACAUAAACCCCUACCCCAUGCUCUGCAGUUACACUGCACUGUCUUCUCCUCCCUCCUGCUGAGCCCUCAGUGCACUGUAGCCUGUGAUCCUGCUGCAUUAAGUAACACAUACAUUCCUACCCCAUGCUCUGCAGUUACACUGCACUCUCUUCUCCUCCCUCCUGCUGAGCCCUCAGUGCACUGUAGCCUGUGAUCCUGCUACAUUAAGUAAUACAUACAUUCCUACCCCAAGCUCUGCAGUUAGAAUUAGAAUUUAGUGAUUUGUUGACACCCCACAGUGCACAACAACAAAAUGUAUUCUCUGCAUUUAACCCAUAUGUGACAAUGUGACAUAGCAGGGGGCAGCUAAUUCAGUGCUUGGGGCGGUACCUUGUUCAGGGUACCUCAGGGGUGAUUUGCUGGUCAGGGAUUUGAACUUGCAAUCUUUCAAUUACAAGUACGCUUCCCUAACCAUCAAGCCAUCACUGCCUAUAAAAUGAGAGGAGAGCGCGAACGCAGUUCCCCCACUACCAGAAAUUAUGCAGUUGAGAUUCCCACAUUUGGGGAAUUCACAGGGAUCAGAUACACUGCACUCUGUUCUCCUCCCUGUGACUAUGGAAUAUGAUAAAGUAAUAAUUCCUCCAGUGACUAUACCAAAACAUUGCAUAUAAUUUGUUUUAUUGCACUGGGGCCAAAUUCAGCCAGUAAGUGAUUUUCUUUACUUCCUUUGUAAAUGAGAUGAACUGACAGAUGUGUGAUUUUCUAUGUGUUUGAUGCACACAACUCACAACACCCCCCACUCACUAUUCCAUUCUAUUUAAAGAGGUCUUCUUAAGUUGUCUUGGUUACUUUAAAUGUCAGUGCUGUUUACAAUGUGGCAUACUUUAUAUCUCUUAAGAACUAUUCCCUCAGUGUAGAGGUUUCCAGAAGCGAGGUGUUUCAUUUGUACAUCAAAGUCAUUCAGUCUUUGUUGUUGUCUAUUGGACAGAGGAAGAACAUUAGCAUCAAAGCAAAGAACAUUCCUGUAUGCAGAAUGUGAUCUCUUUACAACCAGAUACGUUUCAUGUUACAGUACCAGUCAAAUGUUUGGAAAAACCUGCUUUUUAAUGAAUCUGUUUCUAGUCUAGUUAUGUUACUCAUCUCAAUGCAAUGAAGUAAUACAAAUCAAAUAUUACAACCAAGCGAAAUGUUCAACAACUCAAAAUUUUAACAGUUUCCUUUAGCUUUUAAGAUAGCAUUGCAAUCUCUGACAUUCUCUCAACCAGCUUCCAGAUGUGGCCACCUGGAAUGCUUCUCCAAUGGUCCUCAAGGAGUUUCCACAAGUUCUGGGCACAAAUUGGCUACCUUACUCAUACUCUGCCUCUCCCACACCAUUACACUGCCUCACUGUCCCACAACAUUACACUGCCUCACUGUCCCACACCGUUACACUGCCUCACUGUCCCACACCAUUACACUACCUCAGUGUUACACCAUUACACUGCCUAACUGUCCCCCAUCAUUGCACUGCUUCACUGUCCACACCAUUACACAGCCUCACUAUCCCACACCAUUAUACUACCUAACUGUCCCACAUCAUUGCACUGCUUCACUGUCCCACAGCAUCACACUGCCUCACUGUCCCACACCAUUACACUGCCUCACAGUUCCACAACAUUACACUGCCUCACUGUCCCACAUCAUUGCACUGCUUCACUGUCCAACACCAUUACACUGCCUCACUGUCCCACACCAUUACGCUGCCUCACUGUCCCACACCAUUACACUGCCACACUGUCCCACAACAUUACACUGCCUUACUGUCCCACACCGUUACACUCCCUCACAGUGGGGCCAAAGAUGCUGGCAUCCUCAGUUCACCUUUACUGCAUCUAACAAAAACAUAACGAUUGGAGCCAAAAAUUUUCAAAGCAGUUUCCAUUGUUCUAAUAUCCAUGUGUUCUUUUGUGCAGCCCAAUCUUUUCUUCUUAUCUACAUCUUUCAGAAGUAGUUUGUUUACAGCAAUUCUGCCAUAAUGGUGUAGAGCAGUGAGGAUAAAGACCAGAUUCAUGUAAUCUCCUCAGUUAGCAUAGUUUUGAUAGUUUGAUGGUUUUGCUCACUGCAGCUGAAGACACUGCCAGGAAUUCUUACUAAUUCAUUGACCAUCAUUUCUUAAAAUAAUUAUGGAUGGAUAUUUUUCUUUGUUAAUAUCUUCUUGUCAUAUUAUUGAUUAUUACAACAAGAAAGCUGUUUUACAAAUAGUGCCCUUGGUAUCCACUGUACCUAAUCACAACAUAAAUGAUUAUUUCCAGUGUUUAGACUAUGAAAGAGGGUAUUCAGUAUAAUAUACAGUAAUUGUGGCACCUGUAAUUAUUUGUCAAUCCAAUAUAUAUAUAUAUAUAU